AUGGAGGAGGUGGAGUCACGCUUCCUGCACCUCCUGCAGCCCAUUCGGGACCUCACCAAGAACUGGGAGGUGGAUGUGGCUGCCCAGCUUGGGGAGUACCUGGAAGAGCUGGAGCAAAUCUGCAUCUCCUUUGACAAUGGCAAAACCACCAUGAACUUUGUGGAGGCUGCUCUGGUGAUCCAGGGAUCUGCUUCCAUCUACAGCAAGAAGGUGGAACAUCUCUACCAGAUGGUCUGCCAAGUCCUUGACUUCAUCUGCAACAAAAAGAGGCAGAAGCAGGUCUGCUCCGUGGGACCUGAUGGCAAGGACGCCGACAUCACCUGUGGGACUGAGCAGGAGGAGGCGUUCCUGUCCUUGGAUGACAUUGGGGACAGUAGCCAGGCCAGCGUGGACCUGAGGAGGGACCAACAGCCCAGCAGAGUGGAGCUGAUGCCGCUGACCCCCAUGUGCCUGGUGCCAGCAGAUGACACUGAGAAAAGGAACAACCCCCUGCUGAGCUGUAAGGGGGAGCUGCUGGCCAGCCGCUGGGAUUUCCGGAUGAACACCUGCACCCUCCAUGCCUCUGGGGCCUUCCUGCUGGAGCCCUACAGCCUCUCCCCAGCCUGCAGGCUGGAAGGGUCAACAACUGGUGGACCUGGGGAUGUGAGGGAGCAACUGGGAGCUGCUGUCCAGGCUCUGGGCUUCUCUGGGGAGACAGACCCUGAUGAUGACAUCAGAGAUGACAUCAGCCCUGAGGAUGAUGCCAUGGAGGUGCCCCCAGCUGUUUCCCAGCGCGUGGACGCACAGAAGAGCCUGCCCCAGCCCGAGGGCUAUGCCCUGCAGGUUCCAGCCCCUGCUCAGGACCCCAAGACCCACCUCAAGGAGAAGCUGGACCCUUGGCAGAGCCUGGAUCCCUUUGCUGACUCUGAGGACAAGCCCUUCAAGAAAGGGAGGCCUUUCCUGGUGCCACCUGGCCUGAACGACAUGGUUGGGUAUAAGAGGAAGAAGAAAGGCCCAAGGAAGCUCCAGGACUUCAUGAGGUGGUUCUCUGCAACCUACCAUGACAGAAGCAAUGGCAGAAGAACCAAGAGGAAAGGUCCAACCUUUGCAGAUCUGGAGACGUUCUACUGGAAGGAGCAGAAGGAGCGGUUGGCGGUGUGGAAGAAGCUGCAGCACCCACGGGUGAGGUGGCACCAGGGGGCACUUGGGUCCUCAUGGGUUGAUGUGCCCCAGGAGUCACUGUGGCCACCAGAGAACGAGCUGGAGGAGGCUGAGGAUGAGCUGGAGCUGCCCGAGGAGGAGCGUGGGCUCGACUGUGAGGGGGACAAUGGUGACUUCCUGGGGCAUGAGAUGCUCCCACCUGAGAGGCCAGAGGAGCUGGCAAAAGAAGACCUGGCCCCGGCCCGUGACGUGAGCUACGAGGAGCUGGUCCGCAGGAACGUGGAGCUCUUCAUCACCAACUCCCAGAAGUACCUGCAGGAGACGGAGCUGUCCCAGAACCUGCGGUGCUGGGAGGACAGGAUCAGGCCCCUGUUGCAGGAACAGGAGGAGCGAGCCCACUUCGACAUCCACAGCUAUGGGGUGGUACUGGCAGAGAAGUGCCAGCCCCUGGGGCAGUGGCACUCCUUUGCCAGCCUGGUGCGCGGCAUGCCCCCCUUCAAGGUCAGCAGGUACCUGCUGGCUGCCCUGCAGCUGGCCAACGACUCGGUGGUGGAGCUGGCACAGGAGGCAGGGCUGGAGGAGGCUGUGGACACACUGCGGCUGAAGGCGCUGACUCCCCACCAGGAGCCCCUCCAGCGGUUCCAGGACCUCCAGUUGCCACCAGCCUGCUCCACAGCCCCCUCCACUGCCCACCCUUCCACAAUAAUGCCCCCACCUCAGGAAUAA